UUUGAUCCUAUGAAAUGGUGUUUUCCUGAAUUGUAAGGAGAGAACAAAGACUCUGGGACAUUGAGAGUAAGCAUGAGGUUACGAUCCUGGGAGGACUCAAUGAAUUUGUAGUGAAGUUUUAUGGACCACAAGGAACACCUUAUGAAGGCGGAGUAUGGAAAGUUAGAGUGGAUCUUCCUGAUAAAUACCCUUUCAAAUCUCCAUCUAUAGCCCAGUCCUCCUCAGACUCCAUAUUAUCAGAGAGAAAGGAAGAAACAGAAAAGAGGACCCCUUGUUGAGUUUAGAUCUCCUGAACACACACAGGAUCAGUUCAGAAGUUCCCAUGACACAGGGCAUUGAGAGUGAGCUCCUUGCUUGGUUCCUCACCCAAGAAGAGACCGGCCCAGGUCCAUCUCUCCCGAGUAGGGAAGGCUCAGCUCUCUGAAGAGACUUCUACUCGGGUGCAGGCUGCCAUGGGCUGAGCCUGGCUGUCUGAGGAUUCAUGAAUAAAAUUUUCCAUCCCAACAUUGAUGAAGCGUCAGGAACUGUGUGUCUAGAUGUAAUUAAUCAAACUUGGACAGCUCUCUAUGAUCUUACCAAUAUAUUUGAGUCCUUCCUGCCCCAGUUGUUGGCCUAUCCCAAUCCCAUAGAUCCUCUCAAUGGUGAUGCUGCAGCCAUGUACCUCCACCGACCAGAAGAAUACAAGCAGAAAAUUAAAGAGUACAUCCAGAAAUACGCCACGGAGGAGGCGCUGAAGGAGCAGGAGGAAGGCACCGGUGACAGCUCGUCGGAGAGUUCUAUGUCUGACUUUUCAGAAGACGAGGCCCAGGAUAUGGAGUUGUAGUAGAAAAGGCACCUGCUUUUCAGAAAGACUAUUAUUUCCUAACCAUGAGAAGCAGACUAUAAUAUUCAUAUUUAAACAAAGCAAUUUUUUUUAUUACUAAACAAGGUUUUUAUGAAUAAUAGCAUUGAUAUAUAUAUAUUAUAUAUCACCCUUUAGAUCUUGAUUUCUUGGUCAUUUCUCAACCUGAGGUGCAUAGCAUAUUCCCACAUUCCAUUUUGGUAGCAAUAUGCGGUCUGGAUGCAUGCAUUCAUAAGUCCAUUUGGCCAAGUCAGCCUGUGUGCUACUAACUGUCAAAAGAAAUAGCCGCUCUGAUAGGUAGACAAGUAAAAAUAACAGGAAAAAGUUGCUUCUUUUAUUGAUGGUUCCAAAGAAACAAACCAAACCAACCAGCUCUUGGAUGUGAAGAUAGAAUAGUGCUUUUUCAAAACGGAAAGGAGGAAACUGGGAGGCAAAGGCCUGCGGUGGGAGCGUGUAGAGCCAGCACGUCACGGAGCUGCUCCCGCCUGUGAUUCGACCUAGGUGGCCUCAUUUCUGUGGAGUAACAGUGUAAACAGGGAGCUAAUUGGAGUGUUGAAACUUAAAACAAUUUUUGACUCGGAUUUUAAGUACAUUUUUACAUGUAGAUUCCUGCCCUUCUGGCUACUCGGCCCUGCAGCCACGAGUGUAUUCCUUUGGAGAACCUGUGGGAAGUGUUUUCUGAACUUGAUUCUUUCUAUGGUAGAGCUUGCAAUCCAGACCUUUUUUGAGAGGACAGGCCAGGAAGAGAAAAGUGACUGGGAAGAUGUGUCCUCUCCAGCACGUGCAGUCACAUCCUCAUGCGAUUGGCCACUUUGAGACGCUCCCCUGGCUGAGAGCUUUAAAUCGGAGGGUGGCUGUGGGUUCUUUGAUUGGGGUUUGGGUUUGGGUUUGGGUUUUGGUGUGUGUGUGAAUUGUGCUUAGACAGGUUACAGAUUUAAUCUUCACCUGCCAAGAGAGGGCCUCCUCCUCGGAUAGCCGCUCGGUGGACCCUUAGACUCGGGAGGAAGACCCUUCUGGUGGCUGCGACUCCUGGGUUCUCUCCUCCACCUUUUGGUUUUGGUUUUGGUUUUCCUGCUGCUGCUGCUGCUGCUGCUCUUGGCAGCGGCCUGGUCAUCAUCUGCUUGUGGGAGUGGGAAAUGGGUAGUUUAGACCCAACACGUAUUCUAAAUUUCAAAUGAGUAAUAAUUGGAACAAAUAAAGUAUCUUGUACCCAAAGUGACUGUACAUGGGGAAAACACAGCUUUUUUCAGAGUGUGACUGAAUAGAGGAGAGGAACCAGAAAUGUGAUGUAGUAGUAAAACAGGUGAGAAGGAAGAAGUCUCCUCCCCUGUGUAUGUUAAGAGGAAAUCAGACUGUUUACAGCGCCUGCUAAUGAAAUGUGUACUCAGCUAACCAUAUGUCCAGGUUGCCGGCAGUUUCUUUCAGAUCUGAGUGUUGCCUGCUGAAUUUGGAGAACUCUAGACAGCACCUCUGUAUUCGUUUUGUGUCGCAACCAGUAGGACAAGAACAGAAAUAGCCAAUCCUAAAACCUUCUAAAGACAAUUUUUGAAUGUCCCACUGGGAUAAUUUAAUUUUUCUUUCUGAUGUGUGUUUUUAGUUUAGAAGUGCUAUAUUCCACAAGAUUUGAGUCAAUGAGGUUGGAAGAUAUCCUAUCUUUUUUAGUCAAAAAGCACAAUCAAUCUUUUCUUUGAAAAUCUAUAUAAAGUACAACUUGCUUUUAGCAUGAUUAUUUUCCUAAAUAAAAAAAAAGACAAAGAAUUUACUUAUUUUAUGUUAAUUACGGGCAUGAAGCAAAAGGUUUUCUUUACAAAAAUUAAAAGUGCAGUUAUGUAGGGCUGUGGUUAGUUAACCGUACUGAGUUGCCGAUCUAGCAUUUGUGGCUUGUUGGAAGGGUAGUGUUAACUAUUUAACAUGUAACGGUGUACUUAACUCUUAUCUAGCACGUUGUCUUCUCAUUGCUUUGGGGGAGGGAGGGUCUGCUGGCACUGUCUAACUUGCUUACCUGCUGAAUUAGCAGUUUGCUUGUGCUAUAACCGUUAUUGUAGGUGCGACUUAGGGUAGGCUUAAAGUGCUGGGUGGUGAUUUGAGUUCAAACAAUAAAAAAUUGUAUUUUUUCAAUAUUGUAUAAACAAUAGUGUUCUAAUUACCUUUCAAAAAAAUAAUUCUUUUAAAUCCUGUCCCAAAAACUAGCAGAACCAAGUUUAGGAAAGUUAUGUGCCACAGCUCUGCUCCUCAACUGAAUCCAUGUUUUUCUAACGAAAAGACACCAGCUUGCCUGUGAAGAAAGCUCGGCACUGGAAAUGUGGUAGUGUAGAAUCCCAAGUGAAGACGGGGAGGGGGUUGCAGGUGUUAAGAAACAGACCUGACUGUGGCUGCUGUGUGUGUGUGUGUGUGUGUGUGUGUGUGUGUGUGUGUGUGUGGUCUCCAAGUCUGUGUGAUGAAGGUGUAAUUAGGGCUUCUCUAUUAGUACUGGAAGCUUCCAGAAUUGCUACUCAAAUCACUCAUUCUGUGCAAGUCUGUCUCAUCGGAGCACUAACCUUGGUCCCAUGCAUGUUUUUCACUCUGUGUGGGUCUUUACCUCUCCACUUCGAAGUGGACUUUGGGUAAGUUGAACAGAAUCCCUUCUUAAUGCUAACUUUUUGUCCCUUCCCAGUACCUGGAAGAGGUGGGAGUAGGAGACCAUACUAACAGGUACAGAGGGGGCUGGAAGAGGCCUGGCGUGGAUCUGAGGACUCGGGGCCCCCAGAAAUAGAUGGUUGAGUGAGGGGUGUUUCAGCACCAAGCACCUUUCCAGCUUGGCCCAUCACAACACUCAGACGCAUCUGGAGCCCCUCAGAAGGGCUGGAUGUUCCUGCUUUUAAAGGUGGUGGUGGUAAGUCAGGGUUGCUUCUGGCAGUUUCCCUUCCUUCCUUAAUACUCAUCAUUUUUAAAAUUCUACCUUGUGGUUUACCAGCGCCUAUUCAAAUGACCGAGCUCAAGCUCUCGCCAAACACCAAGCAAGGUGGCUGCGGCCUUGGAUCCACAGCUCUCCGCAGCCCAAGCCCCAGCCUUGUGGGUUGCCUUUAUUGGUAGCCAACCUAGACUAUGGCAUUUUUGCUCUUUUAGUCUUCAGUCUCAUUGCCCUCCUUGACUUGACUGUGCAGUUCCAACCAGCAUUUUAUACUAGUGAGAUAAUUACCAGAAGUUGCCAUGUACCUAACAUUUUUCUUCCACUUCAAAAGCUGUUCUAAUUGCCAACUGGCUGAUCUAAGCUCUUGGAGGGUGUUUCCCCUCAAAGGAAUUGUUCCCUUUCAAAAGUCUCCCUGAAGCCCUGCUUGGCCUUGGCCUAUGACACUUGCUUUUUAUUACGCCUCCUCUUGGGAUGGCUGAGAAUCAUGAAAGACACAUCUUUCACUAGCUUCCGUGCGGCCAGCUUCCGGGAACUAGUGUUUGAUUUUGUGGCAUGUGACCCUUCUGUGUUCUAGGAACUCGGUUAGAAAAGCGAAAGCCAUUAACAAAAGUAAGUUUUAUUUCACCAGCUUCCUAACUGGGUUCACAGCCUUGUUGGCUGAAAUCAAAGCAUUUCUGACUGGGCACAGACACCUGGUCUUCUUUGGACUUCUGAAUCCAUGUUCCUGUUCCUCUGGCCACGGACACCGUGGCGAUUCCAUUAGGGACUGGCUGGAGCGGAGGCCCCUGGGGGAGGGGAGCUGACGGCCCGCAGGUGUGAAGGUUUCCCACUCACCGGAGGAAGGGCCAGGACUCUUAAUUCAGCAAACACUGGCCUUGGCUGUGGCCUUGGGAAGAAAUGGCCAUCAUUUACUGAUUGUAUUUGGUACAUGUUGUGUGAUACUUGAAGAGAUAAAAGGGACUCGCCAGCCCUUAGUUGAAAUCUGAGCUCUUUACCACUUAUUUUUUCCUCACCCUAGCUCCUCCCUUCCAUCUUUUUCCUUGCAUUGUGAUGAUCUAGUGGGCACUUCUGUCAACAGGACAAAUGCCUCCUCUGACUAUAACCUCUUAAUAGUUGUGUAUAAUGAAAACUGUAAACUUUUUUUAAAUAAAAUGUGCAUAUACCUUG